UCACCUUCCCGCCCGUGCCCGAGCAGAACACCGGAACAGAGCGAGCGAACACAAGCUAAUUAAGCGACCCAUGGCCCAGGGAAGCGAUGCCGCCGCGUGCCGCUGCAGUCUGCCCCUGCUGCCACUGCCACCGCGGCGCCUCCUCCUCGUCGUCCUCGUCGCCAUGCUCACCGUGGUUUUGGUGGCGCCGCCGUCGGCGAGGGCGGCGUGGGUGGAGGACUACCCGUCGGGGGUGCCGUGCGGGGCGACGAUCCCGGUGGAGCAGUGCGACCCGGGGGACGCGGCGGCCAACAGCGCCUGCAUGGACGUGUGCCACUACGGCGGGUGCCGCCGCGGCGGCCGCUGCGUGUCGCUCGGCUUCGCCAGGGGACGCGGCUGCCAUUGCAGGUGCUAGCCUGCCGCGCGGCAGCUUCCAUGUUCUUGCACUUCGCCAGCGGUUCUUCCCGGCCUUUUUUCCCCUCUGUGUGUGUUUGAGUGGUACGAUCUGUGCAAUAUUGCGUUGGGUGUUUUCACCUGCGCAGUCGGUGGCUUUUGUUUGCUCCUGCGUUUUUCUGCAUGCACAGAUUAAGGCCGCGUUUGGAUUCCCUCCGCUCCGCGGCUCCGCGCCGGAGCAGAGCGGCAAUCCAGUUAGGGAGCGUUCGGAAUCCCUCCACUCCCGAGUCAGCUCGCGGAGCCGGCGGAGCUGCAGGCUGAAAAGGUGAAGCUGAGAUAUACGCGCUCCGCAGAUCUGCGGAGCUGGCGGAAGGCCGAACAGGCCCUUAAUUUACACCAUAAUUUAAGGAGUUGGUUAAACCCCACUCUGCACGCUUCGCUCCGCGAGGACUGUCGAACGCGGCCUAAGGCCAAAAGCCGUCUCUCAAAUUAGAGUCACUGUCCGUCUAAAACGGAAUUUAAGCAAA